AUGGCAUCAUUUUAUGAAAGGCAUAAGAGUUUAUUCAACACUCUCAAAGAAGCAGAAGAUCAAUAUAGUUUCUCUAAAACUAACAAAGCCAACGAUACUCCUGAUUAUGGCGUUAUUGACAAACAACGGUAUAGAAAAUUAAAACGAGAAAUGAAACAGUUUAGAGGCAAAGAAAGCAUUUACAAACGCUCUGAAGCAAGUUUAAGGGAAUGCUUACGACCCAAGACUGUACCAGAUUUUUUGAAAAAUCCACAGAAGUGGUCUUACUAUUCAUUAUGUGAUGUUACUCCAGACCAAAUGUCGGAUUCAACCAACGCAGCAACUGCUCUUGCUUUUAUUCAGGAAAUGGAAGAACGUAACAACACUUACUCGAUAGUGACUGAUGAAACUGGUGCAGUAUUUAAAAAACCAACCUUUCAAAUGUCCAAAACUAUUAAACCACAAGAAGUGGAGGAAAAGAAUAUUGUGUUCAAAAAUAAUAAGAUUAUCAUGCCUGAAUAUGUUGUUGGUGUCAAAAAACCUAUCAGAAGUCCAAAGCCAAUUAAAACUAAAAUUCAGAAAGGUGAAAACACUAAAAAGGUUGAACUAAAAUUAAAUCAUCUUUAUGAUGACGAUAUUGCUGAUGAAUGA